UCAAAAAAUGGAAUAGUUUUGAGUUUUUCUAUGGAUGGAUGGAUGUGUGUGCUCAGAUGUACACUUAUUUAGACAGUUGACGUACGAUAAGGUUCGCCUGGUGAUGAUAUCACUAAGAAAGUGUAACUGUGGCGACGGCAACUCCAACUUCGAGGCAGACAGACAAACGCAAACAAUCAGAGAGACCCGGGGCCAGAGCAACAACAACACUUACAACAACAUCACUGGCGACGUGAUCAUGUCUGGGCCGUUCAGUCGCCGUCACUAUUGCCAUCUCUUUCACUGUCGCCGUCCGGCGGCUCCAACUUUGUUAUUAUUACCACCGCCGCUCGUGCACAUGCCCCCAACAACUGCCCACGAUUCCAUGCCGAUGUUGCAGACCAAACAGGUUUGACCAUUCACUUGAACUGCUUUAUGGAAUGGUAACCCAAGAGGGGGGGGAGGGGGCAGGGAGCGGAUGGGUACCGUCUUCGUCAUCGACAUUAAACGUAAUCAAUAGAGCCAAGUUCUUUAAUUGAGCAUCGUCAACGUGCGAGAGAC